AAACUUGAUUCACGACAUUUCCUUGCCUUGAAUGUUGAGACAGAUGUCUGUCACACAAAUCUGCUCUUCUGUUUACGGAGAGCCUAUUAUGUAGAGUUAUUUAAUGCCUGACACACAAUCGCGCUUUGGCUUUUACGGAGCGCCUGUUAUUUAGUAUUAUUUUAUUUAUCCGGACUUACACAGCCAAUUUCACAGGAGCUUCUGUAAUCUUUAGCUUUAAUGGAAGCUUGCUCUUCUCAUGCAUGUCGCGGGUUCAAUUCCUUGUAUCAGAGUUGACGAGGUACACAUAUAUACACAGCUUCCUUGUGAAAUGUAUAGAUACUUUGAGAUGUAAUGUGAAUGAAUCUUGUUAUUGUGAGGGUUUGAGGUUGGCUUUUCUUGAUUGAGGGACAUUGUGGAAAUGGAAUGCUUUUUCUGAAUCCUGGCGUUGGAAAUGAGAUUGUCAAGUCUGAAGAUAAGGCUGGGAAAAUUAGAGAGCUCAUCAUCAAGAUUUUAAAUAAUCUCUCUGUAUAUCUGGAAGUUUGAAAGACAGAGUCCGAUAAAUAAUUUUUGAGCUUGUAGACAUUGAAAUUCUUCUAUUCUAUUAUUUCGUUAUAGAGGUCAGUUGUACUGAUUUCAGUCCAGAUUUUGUGCCUGACUUCCUUUUAUUGUACGCUGUUUCAUUAUUUGAUUGUAAGUUCCCUGUUCCAUAAUGAAAUGCUUAUCUGUUUAGACUUCUUCGUUUCUGUAUAGAAAAUGCUCUUAUCCGCUCCUGGGAUGCAUAGAAUAUUCAUAUCCUCUCUUAUUAUAGCAAAGGUGAAGGUCGUUAAGCUAACGGACCGUUCAUGCGUUGAGACCCUCUCUUAGUAGAAGAGCUUUUUUGAACUCGUUAAUCUGUUGUUAUAAUUCCUCUUUGACGCUGCCCAUAUACUUUUCUCACAUCUAAGUUUCUGUAUAUUUUACUUCCCUCUGUUUUCUGUCCACGUGCCGUAAGUGGGCUUGAAUUCGGUAAAAUAGAAGUGCCAUUUCUUUUCUACAUGAUUUCGCCAUUGUAUUCUAAAUUUGUUAUUCAAUAUUUAUUUUGAUAUCUUGCUUAGUGUUUGGGCAUUUGUUCCAGCUAUUCGUCCAUCUGCUAUUGUUUUGUUUCGUCCACGUGCCUUUUCUCUCCGUUGUUAUAUUUCAUCCAAUUGCCUUUUCUCCUGUGUAAUUAUUCUUCAAAAAUGAAUGGGCGGAGGGCAGACAAUUGGGAUGGAAAUUUAGAUACAAAUUGUGUCAGGGUUCUGAAACAUCAAAAUAUCCAGAAAAGGUGGAGCACCAACCUGAAAUUUAAUUGUGUCCUUUCAUAACUGGCCAAAUGGAUAAGGUUGAAGAUGAAGAGAUGCAUUCCGAGCAGGCAAAGGUAUGUGAAUUUUACGGCCUCGAGAGCCCAGGCGAUCCUGAUGGUGCUGGGCAAAUUUAUCCCUUACAGAGCCCUCCUGAGCCACACAGCAGUGCAAGAAACUUAUCUUCAAUUAAGCCGGACGAAAACCAGUUUGGUUUUAUCGAGCGUGGCUCGAACCUAGGUCUCAAAGAAGACGAAACAGAGUCGGGUGGUGUGACUCUGAGACAAUGGCUGACAAGGCCACAUAGGAUUGUGAAUAGAUUUCAAUGCCUGCUCAUAUUUGCGCAGGUGGUAGAGGUCAUAAAUGCUGCACAUUCUCGAGGACUGGUCCUGGAAAACUUACGACCCUCAUGCUUACGGAUAUCUUCUUUCAGUCGAGUUUCCAUAACUGAAUUUGUAAAGAGUUCAGAAAACAUUGUUUACAAUGGAAGGGUUCAAGGGCAUGCACAACCAGAUCGAAGCAGGGCAGUGCAAAAGUCUAGCCGUGAUUUUGGACAAUACCGAAGAGGACACCAAACAUUAAACCUGAAUGCUUAUUAUGAUGGGAAUCAUGAUAAGAAUGCUACUUCAGUUGCAAUGGCAUCUUCUUCCCGUGCAAUGCUUAUGAAAAAAAGUCCAGAAGCAAGGGACAUGGAGGUUGAACAUGAUGAAGAAAGCAAUCCAGAGAAAUAUGGCUCCUUUCAACCAAAUCAAAUUUCGCAUAUGGAGCUUACUUGGUAUACCAUUCCAGAGGAACAAAUGGGGGUACCCCGCUCAUUUUCUUCAAAUGUAUACUCUCUGGGACUUCUCUUUUUUGAGCUAUUCUGUACAUUUAGCUCAGACGAGGAGCAAUGGAGAAUCAUGUCAGAUUUAAGGCAUCGCAUACCACCUCCUCACUUGCUUCGGAAGUGGCCUAAGGAGAUUACAUUUUGCUUAUUGUUGCUUCACCCCGAACCAAACCAACGCCCAAAACUAAGUGAAGUAUUGCAAAGUGAAAUCAUGAACGAAGCUAGAGAGAUUCUUUUGGAAUGGAAAGCAGCUGGGAAGUUACAGGAGGAAAUAGCAGAUAGAGAAUUAUUGCUGGAUUUUCUGAUUCAAGUUCAACAGCAGAAGCAAGAAACAGCUGAAAAGUUGUAUGAGGCAGUUGCUUGUGUGACAUCAGACAUUGAGGUUGUUCUGCAUCAGCAGUCUUCUCUAAAGCAUAAAGGUGUAAAACCUUUUGACUUUACAAAAGAAAAGCUUCUGCUAAAAAGGGGUAAGAAACCUAGCUGUUUAUCUCCCCAUAUUGAACAAAAUGAUGGAACAAAUAUCACCAAUCGAACCAAUAUGCUGAAUAUUUUUCCAGAUAAAACUGGAAAAACAAUUAUGCUUGGAAAACGGUUUCAGAAAGGAUGCGAAAAUGAUGGUAUGAAUAUUGGGAAGAAGCUGGGAAAGUCAAAUUUGCAAAGUGAGAGUAAAGGAGAUUUUAUAGAGAGAAGUGAUCGCAUGCUGAAAGAUUUCAAGGAAUUAGAGAAAGUCUACUUUUCGACCAGAGGCAUGGAAAAGCAGCUUGCAAGUGAUUCGUCAGGAAAAUGCUUUAAAAGUAGCUUGGGGCAAGGACCUGUAAUUAGGACUGGAGGAUCCAAUAUAAGCCUGGUGAACAGCCUAGCUAGUAUUUCACAUCCAAGUGGAGGAAGUAAGACCGGUCGGCUUGGCUCUUUCUUUGACAGCUUGUGCAAAUACUUGCGGUUCAGCAAAUUUAAAGUCAAAGCAACUUUAAGGCAAGGGGACUUGCUCAACUCUUCUAGUUUAGUUUGUUCCCUAAGCUUUGACCGAGAUAAAGAGUACUUUGCAACUGCAGGUGUAAGCAAGAAAAUCAAAGUGUUUGAUUGUGAUACAGUUUUGGAUGAGGUUCUGGAUAUACAUUAUCCCGUUACUGAGAUGACAAGCAGAUCAAAACUAAGCAGUAUAUGUUGGAAUAGCUAUAUAAAAAAUCAGAUUGCAUCGAGUUGCUUUGAUGGUAUGGUACAGCUAUGGGAUAUUACUAGAAACCAGGCAAUCAUGGACUUUGAAGAGCACAAGAGGCGAGUUUGGUCAGUUGACUUUUCUCAAACUGAUCCAAGACAAUUGGCCAGUGGGGGUGAUGAUUGUUAUGUAAAGCUUUGGAAUAUCAAUCAGGGAGGAAGCAUUGGUACUGUCAGGACAAAUGCAAAUGUCUGUUGUGUUCAGUUUCCGCCAGAUUCUCCAUAUCUGCUUGCACUGGGAUGUGCAGAUUAUAAAAUCUAUUGUUAUGAUCUUAGAAAUACUAAAAAGCCAUGGUGCUUUUUGGCCAAUCACAAGAGGACUGUAAGUUAUGUCAAGUUUCUUGACUCCUCAAAUAUAGUCUCCGCUUCCACAGACAGCACACUCAAACUUUGGGAUCUUGCACGUAGUACAGGUGGGGUACUUAGCAACCCUGUCCGAACGUUCGCUGCACAUAAAAAUGAAAAGAAUUUUGUUGGACUAUCUGCUGCUGAUGGCUAUAUUGCUACCGGCUCCGAAUCAAAUGAGGUGUUUGUUUAUCAUAGAUCAAUUUCAUUACCCGUUGCAUGUUACAAUUUUAAUUGCAUGGACAUAACAAAUGAUUUCAAGGUAGAUGAUGAUACUGGCCAGUAUGUAUCUUCUGUAUGCUGGAGAGGGCAGUCUCAAACUUUGGUUGCUGCAAAUUCGAAAGGGACCAUCAAAAUUUUGGAGAUGGUUUGACUUUUGAAGUCUCAGUAUCUUUGUACGAUUGGAAACAUGGUGGCAGCUAACUUUCUAACACAUGCAUUGGGUCGAGGUUUAGAGCAAAUCCCUGAAUUUGACCAAGCUUGCUUAAAAACUUCAGGUAAUGUAUCUUGUAAGAAAAGUUGUAAUCUGUCGAACAAAUUCCUGAAAUUGUUCCAUGAAAUACCCAAUAUUCAUUUAUUGGAACAAAUACAAAUUAGUACAAUUCACCAACUCCAAUUGAACAAUUAAUUAUAUCAAUGCACAUUUUUAUGAUUAGAAUCUUCUAUAUUUCUGGAGAAAAAAUGUUUAUUUAAAUACAUGUAAGAAAACAUGUUUAUAUAAAUACAUUUCAAUGAGUCAAUAAAUGCUCAGCCAUUA